AUGAAUCGUCUAGAGGAAGCACAUCUCCAGAAUGAAUCCAUCCGCAAUGGACAAGGCCAACCUACCGAGACAACUCCUCUUCUCCCAGGAGAACGAGAACAGGAACAACCGGGAAAAUAUUCGGUCUUCACGAAUUCCCAGAAGCACUGGAUAAUUCUUACAGCCGCGUUGGCAUCGAGCUUUUCUCCGUUCUCGGCCAAUAUCUAUUAUCCCGCCUUGAACUCGAUUGCGGAAGAUCUGGGAGUGAGCAAAGCACAGAUUAACCUGACGAUUACAACAUAUAUGAUCUGCCAAGGAUUAGCCCCUACCUUUAUGGGCUCUCUCGCCGACCAGGCCGGACGACGCCCUGCGUACAUCCUCUGCUUCAUCAUCUACAUCUCGGGGAAUAUAGCCCUUGCUCUUCAGCAUAGCUAUCCGGCCCUGUUGGUUCUCCGAGCGGUCCAGAGCUGCGGGAGCAGUGGAACUGUGGCUCUUGCUUCUGCCGUCGCAGCCGAUAUCAUUACCUCUGCGGAACGGGGGAUGUAUAUGGGCAUUGCAUCGUUGGGAAAUAUACUCGCACCAUCAAUCGGGCCCAUCUUGGGCGGCCUGCUCAGUCAGUAUCUAGGGUGGCAGGCUGUGUUCUGGUUUCUCUGCAUCAUGGCCGCCGUGUUCUUCGUGCCCUUUUUGACUCUUUUCCCGGAGACUUGUAGGGAGAUCGUAGGAGAUGGGUCGCUUGAAGCAUCGCGAUGGUGGAACAUGUCCAUUCUUCAGUGCUUUGGGAGGAUGCUGAGACAGAAACAGAGAGAAGAAGAGGUUGUCGUCGACGGUGUCCGCAGUGAUGCUCCUGGAACGAAGAUCAGUUUUCCCAAUCCCCUUUCCACGCUGCGUCUUCUUUUGCAUCUCCCAACAGGGCCAUUGCUGCUCGCCAACGGAAUCGUCUUCGCCAGUUAUUACGCAGUCACGUCGGGCAUGCCGGCGCAGUUCAAAGAGAUAUACCGCCUCGAAGACCUGGGAAUUGGACUCAGCUUCAUUCCCGCCGGGUUAGGCAGUCUUUGCAGUGCCAUAUGCAACGGCACAUUGGUGGAUUGGAACUACCGACGCAUGAAAGCAGCGUCUGGACAGGUUGUCCCCAAGGACGCUCGGAGACAGGAUCAUGAGGACUUCCCCAUUGAAAGAGCAAGACUGCAGAUUGGGCUUCCCAUGACGCUGGCAGCAUCUAUGUCUGUUGCAACAUACGGCUUCCUGAUUGAGAUGGGACCGCCUCUUCCUGUUGCUUUGCUGAUGGUGUUUGUGAUAUCCUUCUGCAUCACGGCGGCGUAUAAUGUGAUGAACAUCUUGAUCGUGGAUCUCCAUUAUUCCACCCCGGCUACUGCAAUGGCCGCUAAUAACCUCAUGAGAUGCUUUUUGGGAGCAGGAGCCGCGGCUAUGGUGAAUCCGAUGAUUCAACGCUGGGGAUGCUGGUGGACGUACUUUGUGGUCGCUACUUGCAUGGUCGGCGUGAGCCCGUUGCUGAUCAGUGUUUAUGAACGAGGCCCGGCAUGGAGGACACGCAGAGGAUCGUGA